AUGGAUAAUAUUUUAAUUUCACUGGCACAUUUUUGUGACAAACAUGGUCCCCGGAUUUUACUAGUAACGCAAUCUAGUCAAAAUGGUGCCAGGAGCGAUGAUUUACUUUUACCAGAUUAUCCAAUCGAUUCUUAUUGUGAGUCAUGCCUCUUACAUUUUCCUCAAGGUAACGAAACUAUACGGUCAAUGCGCAGCACGUUAGAUGAGAAAUGCUAUGUCACCACACAAUACUCUUCAAUACGAUAUCAACUAAUGAAUUCAAUUAUUAGACGGUGCUUUUCGGAAGAGACUAUGGUUUAUGAUAAUAUGCCAUUGGUUUUCUAUGAUCAACUGCGUGGUUUAAAUCUAAUCAUGGGAUUCAAAUUAUAUGAUGCAAAUGCUAGAGGGAACGAAAGAAGGUAUUGUUUCAUACUCACCAUCGAUUCCAAAGAUAGUGAUGCGGCAAUGAAAAUAUUGUCGAACAAUUGGAAUUUUAUAAUAGGCGGAUUUUUCAAGAUGAUUAACCACAUAAAUGAGUCUCAUAAUAAGGAAUUAAAAAACCAAUCCAAUGAACGGGACCAUACUAAUGGGCUCAGUCCUCUCAUGAGUAAUUAUCUACGGGGAAACAAAUCGAAGCUCGCAAAGAAUUUGGUGGAAUUGACUAAUGACAAAAAUAUUUUUUUAAAAAUGCAUAAAUGGAACACAUAUCUACUGAACAUGUUGAUCACCAACGCGUCCCCGAAAUGA